AUGUCGCAGUCUACCAUAUCUGCACCUUCACAAAACCAGGUACUGUCGGACUCUCAGCCUACAGACACGAGGAAACCUAGCCCAUUUGCCAAGUUCGACAAUCGGAUAGCGGGAAUCAACGAUCGCGUUUUACCAAAACAACCAGAAGAGCAGCUCCAAUACAUGAGUCUUCUUCUACACCAGGAAGACGACGAAGCUCUGUUGAAAGUGGACGGCACCAGAAUAGACGAAGAAGGACGACUACUUGUUCAUGUUCCCUCCCCAAAACCGGAAGCACCCAGCAGGCCAGAUACUCCCCACGACUCAGGACCUAAGAAGAAGAUCAGCCUGAAGGAUUACAAGACCAAGGACCGAAGUAGUGUAAACACUCCCGAGCGCAGGCCUGCAGACGAUAUUCGCAAGCAAGCAAUCAAAAGUCACAAGGAGGAGGAGGUGCUCGUGAAGGAAGAGAAGCACCAGCAACCAUCACAAUCGACUUCUCAGAUUGACCAGAAGCCUGAGCAAAAGUCUGAGCGGAAAUCCGAGCAGAAGAUAAUCCCUUCAAAGGUGUCUGCUCCUGCGGUCAAGCCGGACUCCAAGCCGUCAUUCGCAACGCCUACACAGCAUGAUCAUGGUUCGCAACGUCCAGCCAAGAAGCGGAGAUUGUCUGCAGAGGAAGAGAAGACACAACCUAGUCGGACCUCAACACCUGUGCUGCAAGGAGGACGUAUAAAGCAGGAGACUACUGAGAAGCGAUCACUACCUGCUUUACUAUCACCAGACAUACCUCCGUCACAGAAGUCGUCGUCCGAAAAGCCUACAACUGAGAAGGAGAAGAAGAGGAAGCAGGAGCUUCCAGUUCUCCUUUCUCCGGCAUUGCCACCAGCUCUCGAAAAAGCUGUCGCAGAGUCGUCCCAGCGAAGUGAUGAAGUCAGAGCAAUUCUGAAAUCUAGCAUAGCCUCACCUGCCAGGUCGAGCGACAAGAAACAUAGAGAGGUCGCCGCUAAAGAACCAAAUCGUCUACGAGCAGAUAGUCAGGCUUCCGCCAGACCUACUACGCCAGGCAUAAAGAUCUCAUCACCUGUACCUAAAUCUGUGAGCGCGCUGAAUCAAUCAAACACUUCUACAGCCAACAGCAGAACGGCUAGUCCAAAACCACGGCAGAGACAUAUUAUUGUCCUUAAAUAUGGCAAGAAGAAUCGCAAGCGGGUGGAAGGGCUACUCAAGUUUGCACCGAGGCAGAAAAAAGAAGCAUCCACGGUUAGUGAGAAGGAGAAGGAAAGAGAGAGAUCGGUCGAUGUCAAAAUAAUGACAAAGGUGGAUCCCCCGAAAUCUGACAAGAAACGUGCAGCUGAAUCUUCUCCGGAGAUGUCUACAAAGCGAAUGAAACUGGAACCACUCAUCAAGACGGAGAGGCCUACCACUCCCAGGCUAGAUGCUGAAGCUGCCAAACCCAAAUCACUGUUCUCUACUCCUAAGAAGGAUCUGAGAUCAAUAGCGAUGCAGAGAGUGGCUUCCACCGACACGAUUGAAGCAGGAACUCCAGGGCACGACAACGCUCGCAAUUCCACGCCACUCACGAUGUCUCACACCUCACGGCCAAAGACCUCGCCGGGUCCAUCUGUAUCAGGAGCACGAACCGAUGAGCAGAUCACGUGGAACGACAUCAGCACCAAGAUAUUCCAACUCGGCAGACUCCUUAAGAAGGAGGGUCAAAAGCUUGCCAGUGAGAGCCAGGGGAAAGAAAAGCAGAGAGGUGUCGUGCUACUCAUCGAAGCGCUACUUUGCUUUAUGAUCAAUUCAGGGGCACUGGCUCAAGCACGACCCAAUGUAGAUCCUGGCUGGUCCACCAUUCUCCCUUACUACACUAUGGUCUUCAAGCAGUCUCAAUCUUACAAACAUCUCAAUGGUCUUGUGGUGCAAUUAGGCGGAGUCUGCCGACAGCAUCUGCAGCAAGAACACGUUAGACGGCUUGCUAAAGAGAUGCUGCCAGACGAAACAGUUUCGGCUCCUACACCUGGAAGUGAUGGCACAACCAGGGGCGUUGACGACUUCGCGAAGAAGCAAAAAACUUUUCUUGACCUGCGAAACGAGCUUGUUUCCAAUUUUCGGGAUCUGAGACUGGCCUGGCUGGAGGGCUCAAAGCUACUGCCUGCGGAAACUAUCGAGCAAGAUUAUCCCAGUACCUGGUCGAAACGUAUAUCGACGAAGGACUUGAGCAAGCGCAAUCCGGACAAACUUAGUCCAAAAGAUCUGCCCAAGGAUUUUCCCAUGCCGCUGGACGUCACAGCCAAUGUCUUUGAAGCCUCAAAUUUCGCAUUGGCAUUUAUGCGAGAAUGGGCGCUGAUUGAGCAGAUUGACUGGAAGACAAGGAUGGAGAUGUGA